UAACAUGGGUUAACAAAGGGGUAUGUGGGAAUGUGGGAGGAGGGGUUACUUGGCUUUAAUGACGGCGUUGAGGGGUAUCUGGGAAUGUGGGGGGGGAGGAGAGAGUGAAGCCAAGGAUACGAGUGUCACACAGGAGUUGAGCGAUCACAGCUCGAAGCUACAAAUUUCGGAGAAACGAAAACGGGGACCUGAGAUGGUACUCAAGGAUAGCCCGCCUAUGGAGAAGCCGCCCAAGCGAAUACCGAAGCAGGGAGUACUAAAACCGGUGAAGUUGACCGCCCUCAUGACCAGGGCAAAAGCACGAAGAUUGUUGAGUACCAUGCCAUUAAAGAAGACUCCCGGACGACCACCAACCAUCAGCUUACCGGUGAAGACGCCGUUAUCUGGGGGGAAGACCUCGAGGACACCGAGGACGAUUAGAGCGACCUCUCCACAGAUGCCGUUGUGCGCUCAUGUUACGCGCGGUGCCUUGGAACGUCUACGCUAUCGGAACAAGAUGAUCGAUGAACUAAACUCGCUUGAUGUUGUGGAAUUACAAAAGUUGUGCAAGAAGGAGGGUAUUCCUUACGAUGGGAAGAUUGAGUCGAUACUCGAUAUUGCCGACAUGAAGGCAAUGAAGAAGUUCGGCACUACGAUGCAGGAGAUUGCCGAAGUGAUAAGUGUCGAAGAAUCAGAGGACCUGGUGGGCGGCUCAGACUGAGAAGUCGGAUCUGACGAUGUGGUGGCCUGAGGACCUUUGGAGACGCCGAAGUUAUGGAAGCUUUGCAAA